AUGGCGCUGACCUACCUCGAAACCCUCGCCCACUUCACCACCUUUCUCACGGCCUACACGCACACGCUGCUCUACCUCCGCUCGCUCUAUCCCCGCGCCUCCUUUGUCCAGUCACGCUUCCACAAUACCUCUGUCUACCAGUCACGGCAUCCGCUCGUGUGUGAAUGGAUAACCGAUGCCGUCGCCGCCGUGCGCGAGGAGCUCUUGAACGGGAGCGUCGCCAAGAUCGGCAUUGUCAUAUUCAGUUAUGGGGCCGAUGAAGGCGCGGCGGGGAGUGCGAAGAUAAUGGAGAGAUACAUGUUUGAUGUUAGCGCAUUCCCAGUCGUGGACAAGGGAGAUCGCAACAUGGAGAUCGAGUGGGAAAGCCAAACACCCGAGGUGUCUGAUCACGAAGACGAGAGAGGAGGCGUCGCGAAGAGAGGAAAUGUCAAGGCGUUGGAUGUCGACGUCGAUGUCAAUCUCUCCGAGCAGUUUCGUGCUGCUUUGAUAGCCCUGACGACACGCACUUCGAUGCUCGCGCCUCUACCGCCCAACUGUUCUUUCAACAUCAGCAUGGAGCUCAAGGACGAGGCCCAUGUCGAUCCACCCGUUGCACACCCGCAGCCGUGGAUACCUGUACAGCCUAGCCUGCAGAAGACGGGCAGAACACCAAUGAUGCGAGAUGAGUUUGACGAGGAAGAGUUUGAAGCUGGUGGACGAACAGACGAGGGAGGUGAUCUUGGUGGUGCCAGAGUAACGCCCAUUCGCAGUGUAGAAGCAGGUGUUUUUAGAUUUGAAACAUGGAUAGAAGAGGGCAAGGCCAAGUUCGACAAUACGCAAGGCGAUAGUACCAAGACGAGCUUUGCAAGUUCUGUUCAGAUGUAAUGAUGACCUGAUAUGCGUCCCCUUUAUUUGUUGAGGACGUUCUAGCAUUGUCUUGU